AGAUCCCUUGGCUGUGGUCCAGCAUGCAGGAGUGAGCGUGUGGUGAAACGCAGCGGACCCCAUGGGUUGCAAGGAUGUAAGAGCGUUUGAAGGCUUCCACACCCUCUCCUCCAGGACAGAAUCAUGAAUAAACUGGAGGAGAAGCAGGCCCAGAUGAUACCAUGAAGAGAAGUUUACAGGCCCUCUAUUGCCAACUGUUAAGCUUUCUCCUGACCUUGGCACUGACCAAAGCACUGGUACUCGCAGUCCAGGAACCAUCUCCCAGGGAAUCUCUACAGACCCUCCCCUCAGGCAGCCCCCCAGGCACCAUGGUGACAGCACCUCACAGCUCUACCAGACUCUCCUCUGUGGUGACGCUGGACCCCAAACCUGAUGGACCCUCCUCACAGCCUGCAGCUACAGUGGGAACAAUAUCUCAUCCAGAAGGGCACCCUCCUACAGACACCAUGUCCACAGUUACGGUGACAGCUGCCAUCCCCCAUCCUGAAAGCCUUCUGCCUACAGGUUCCCCUCCAGCUGCCAUGGCAACCACAUCCUCCGACUCAGAGGGCCACCCCCCAGGUGAUGCUGCCCCCACCACCAUCCUGCCAACACGGCCAGCAGGAGCUACCAGCCGCCCCACCAUGUCCCCACGGGCCACCACUCGUAGGCCUCCCAGGCCCCCAGGCUCUUCCAGGAAGGGGACUGGCAGUUCAACUCGCACUCUCCCACCUGCACCUGGUAGCCACUCAGCAAGGAAGGAAAGCCAGAGGGGACGGAAUCAGAGCUCAACACAUCUGGGGCCGAAGCGUCCUCUGGGAAAAAUCUUCCAGAUCUACAAGGGUAACUUUACAGGGUCUGCAGAGCCACAACCCUCUGCUCUUAUCCCCAGGACCCCACUCUGGGGCCAUUCCUCUUUGCCACAGCCUCAGACAGAGUCUCCACCCACAGCACCCAGAAGCACCUCAUGGGUGCCCCCUACAACUUCCCUGGUACCUACCAAGGACAAGCCAGGCCUUAUCAGAGCCAGCCAGGGGAGUGGCCCCACCUUUACCAGCCCAGGACGGGAGCCGGAUGCCACAGCAGCUCCUCCCAGUGCCCCUGCCAGUACACAGCCUGCCCCAGUGCCUUCUCAGCGCCCUCACGGUGACGUGCAGGACAGCCCCAGCCACAGUGACUCUUGGCUUGCUGUCACCCCUGACACUGACAGACCCCCGUCUGCCAGCUCCGGGGUCUCCACGGCUGCCACAGGGCCCACCCAGGCUGCCUUUGAUGCCAGUGUCUCAGCCCCUUCCCAGGGCAUUCCUCAGGAAGCAUCAGCAACCCCUCAGGCCCCAACCUGGCCCUCAGGGGUCUCGGAAAGCACUGUUUCUCCAGCCAAGGAAGAGACUGAGGCCUCCCCUACAACAACCGACAGGGGACCCAGUCCUCUUUCCACGGCUCUGUCUACAGCCACCGGCAACUUCCUCAACCGCCUGGUCCCUGCUGGGACCUGGAAGCCUGGAACAGUGAGUAACAUCUCCCAUGUGGCUGAAGGGGACAAGCCCCAGCACAGAGCCACCAUCUGCUUGAGCAAGAUGGAUAUUGCCUGGGUCAUCUUGGCCAUCAGUGUGCCCAUCUCUUCCUGCUCCGUCCUGUUGACAGUGUGCUGCAUGAGGAAGAAGAAGAAGACAGCCAACCCCGAGAACAACCUGAGCUACUGGAACAAUGCCAUCACCAUGGACUACUUCAACAGACAUGCGGUCGAGCUCCCGAGGGAGAUCCAGUCCCUGGAGACAUCGGAGGACCAGCUCUCAGAGCCCCGCUCCCCAGCAAAUGGAGACUAUCGAGAUACUGGGAUGGUCCUCGUGAACCCCUUCUGCCAGGAAACACUGUUCGUGGGCAAUGAUCAAGUUUCUGAGAUCUAGAUGCAGCAGUGUCCGCUUAGCCACUCCCUAUUUUUUGUCUCUAAAUUAUAAAUAUACAAAUAUAUAUAUUAUAAAUAUAACCUUUGUGUAACCCUGACUUAACAUUUUCAGCUUUUUUUCUUAAGAAUUGUCAACAUCUUUUUUACAAGUGUGGUUUAAAAAAAA